AUGUUUAAGCGAUUGGUGGUUAGCCACCCGUUGGCAGCCAAUAUGAUCCAGACAGGCACGCUCUUCGGGGUGGGCGAUGCCAUUGCCCAGUACAUGGCGCCGCAACAACCACACUACGACUGGCCCCGCACCCUUCGAGCCGUGGGCUACGGUGGGGUGAUCUUUGCCCCCAUCGGCAACAAGUGGUACCACUUACUCGCCAAGAUCAAGCCGUCAGCGUCGCAUGCGGUGAAUACCGGGUGGCGGGUGGCCGCCGACCAGUUGAUCUUCGCCCCGUUUAUCGGCAUCCCCAUGUACUAUCUGGUGAUGACGGUGCUUGAAAAUAGGCACCCGAUCCUACCGCGGAUCGAGGAGCAAUUGACCACCAAUUGGUGGCCGACGCUCGCCAACAACUGGAAGGUUUGGCCAGCGUUCCAGGCGGUCAACUUCUUCUUUGUCCCCGUGCAUCUCCGCUUGCUCGCGGUCAACGUGAUCCUGAUCUUUUGGAACACCUACUUACUGUGGACGCUCAACGCGAAAGACGCCAUGAUCACCCAGGAGGAGUUGGGGUUGUCUCGUGACACAGAUGCCGCCGACAGGAAGACUGAUUAA